AACUUGUUGGCAAAAGACAACAGAUACUCACGGAACCAUCUUGAAAGAAAAAUGGUUUUAGCAAUGCUUAUUCUGGCCAGCGCUGGUAGUGCCGCUUUCAUUGCUGCAGCCCCCUUUGUUUUGGGGGCAGUGGGCUUUACCUCUGGUGGGAUAGUGGCCGGUUCUGUCGCUGCAAAAAUGAUGGGUACCGCCGCUGCUGCCAGUGGAGGAGGUGUUGCAGCUGGAAGCAUGGUGGCUCUUCUUCAAUCGGCUGGAGCUGCUGGACUGUCUGCCGCUGCUAGUACAGCAGUUGGGGUUGGAGGUGCAUUAGUUGGUGCAGCGAUCGCACGCUGAAGAGAAGAAUGGCCUAAAUAAAAUUGAACAAAUUACCGUUCUUAAA